AUGCGCAUACUUCUCAAGAAUGAACUUAUGCGCCACAAUGGCGCUGCACUUGAAGUAGCUUCCCCACGAGAGAUUGUUCUUGUCAAUCUCGACAACAGAGCCGUCUGCUGGGAAAGAAAACGAUUCACUGGAGAACUUUGGGUCGGUGUUGUUGAUGGUGACCGAAGAGUCGCCAGAUGCCACGAACGGCGCAAUCACAUCGACCUCGAUGGCCAUAGGCAAGACCGAAAAGUGGCAAUAGUCUAUGUGUUCACCAAUCAAGUUCACUCUUCCUGGAGCUCUGGCUAUGAGCAGAGGCUUUUCGCCAUAAAGGUUGGCGAACUUGGCUUCGACCGCUUUGUAGCGAGCAAGUUGCACCUUCUCGUUAGGAGUAGAAGGCGACAUUAUCGACAGUGGGUACCAAAGACAUUGUUUUCAAGAAUUUUGAAGAUUUCAGAGGCGGUGGGGGGACAGUUGGUCGAAAUUAUACCGUGA